AUGCGUUUCCACAAGUUCUGGGGUACUGUUCAUUAAGCUUUACUGUGUCGCAAACAAGAUGUUGUUCGCUGUUUCUGCAUGGCAUCUUAAAUAGGAUGGAAGAAUGCUUGAUACGUAUUAAUACGUCUUUCGAUCCCAUUUGCAGGCCUGAAGACCAUUGUGGGGGCCCUAAUUCAGUCAGUGAAGAAGCUCUCGGAUGUGAUGAUCCUGACCGUGUUUUGUCUGAGUGUAUUUGCUUUAAUAGGGCUGCAGCUUUUCAUGGGGAACUUGAGGCAUAAAUGCCUGAUUUGGCCACCUGAAAAUUUUACUUUUGAAAGCGACUUCAAUAAUAGCACAGUGGGAGAAAAUGGUACUUUUGUUAACAUUACAGAGAGCACCUUUGACUGGGAGGAGUACAUUGAGGAAGAAAGUAAGCAUGAUUGAUACGAAUAUAUACACCUACAUAGGACGUGUGUUGUGCAAGUUAUAUAUAUAAAAAAGCUGAAACAUUAAAAUUAGGGAUGCAACAUUUGGUCCAAGCAGUUGACUGUUUCACCUGCCUAAAAGCCUUUUGAUCUGCUGACAAAAUGGUCUCUUCCAAUUAAUCAGGCAGCAAAUUUCUUUUUUAAAAAAAAAUCAGCAAGUCAUGUUUUAAUACGCACUUACAAAAGCCACAAGCAACAAAUGCCACCACUGGAGGCAUUUCUCCUUUUCUCUUGCACAGGAGGGAAUGCAUCUUUUAAGACGUGCCAUCACCUAAAAUUAAAAAAAGAGUAUUAUUCUUCAGAACUUUUCUUGUUAUUCAUGCACAAAUUUAUGCAGUUCAAAUCAGUGAACUCUGGAGUGAGUAAUCAACUAAGAUUUCUUUAAUUUGUGUAGCAAUCCUUAUCCUUACUCUCAAUCAAUAAGGAGCUUUUAGCCCUCAAGUGCCAAGACAACAGUGACUUGGAGAGAGAUUCCUAGGUAUUUUAAAAAAAAAAAAAAACCGAAACAAAUAUUUGCAUAACUUUGUGUAAUUUUUUUUAAAAAGAAGUGUAUUCUUUCCUUUGGCGGGAUCCAGACUACCUAUGGGUAGGAAUGGGAGAGGUAUUUUUUCCUUGCAGCCUACUCUGCCUCUCCCCAGAAGGCUGCUGUAGGGGACCAGCCCAUGGGACCCAUCAGAAAAGCAGGGGAGGUGGCACUGAGAGCUGCCGGGAGGAAGGGGAGAUGCUAAAAAUGGCCUCUCCCACUCCCCUUCCUCCAGCGGGAGCCUCUACUGCAUCUUGAGCUGCUCUGCAAAUGGAAAGACAAGAUGGGGACCAAAUCACUUGGUUAUAGUUCUAUAUGGAUCUGUGUUUCAUAACAGCAACGACUGAAAAAUACAGUUCUUUAUCCUUUCCCCCCCAAAUCAGGUCAUUUUUAUGUUUUGGAAGGACAAAGAGAUGCCUUGCUUUGUGGCAACAGCUCUGAUGCUGGGUAAGAAUUUUUAAUAAUUUGUUGAAUUCUCUACAAUAAAACUAAGGAGCACCAAGCCUCUUGACUGAGAGGUACCUGAACACUCCGGCACCUGUUAGGAGCUUUGGUAUGAGUGAGCAAUGUCAACUACACACACACAUACCCUUUCGCAAGCAGUCCUAGGAGUCCAGAAUGUGCCCAUACCAGGCUAGGAUAUAACCUAAUGUAAAUAAGGCAUCUAGUUUAGGAUAUAGGAUCAAGAUAGGUUAUUGGAAAUACAUUUACUGGCUUACUCUCUGUAAAAAAAUAUUUAAGUGAGAUAAUAAAGCAGUUUGGCAAUUAGGUGCACGGGUUUCUCCUAGGGGAGAGAGAAGAGUAUGCAUAUGCCAGCAAUUAUCUCCUUUGAAACGAUCUGGGCUUAAUUGCUAGAGCAGCUUUCUGAUUCCAGAGGUCACCUUCUGCAAAACUGCAUUGGCUGGAGCGGGGUGUGUGUGUGUGUGUGUGUGUGUGUGUGUGUGUCGCUAUUUAUGAUCCUAUCUUUAGCUAAUGGGUUAGAGCUGACAACCCUACACAUGACAUAGGGAUUUCCCAGCCUAAGCUUUCUCUCUUUUGCAAUGUGGCACGUUUAUCUGCCUUUUUAAUGUCAUAAGGUGGUUGGUUUGUACCUAACUCCCUUGAUUAAUUCACUUGGGGGUAGGGAAGCUCUUUCAGCCACCUUCCUUUAUGGACAACUUUUAGGGAGCCAGUGGUGGGUGAGGCCAGAGGCAAAAGAGGGCACAACACUUAUGGUGAAUAUUGCCUUUGUUUGGGAGGCUAGUUUCUUCGCUCUACCCUCUAACAAGAAGCAUGAUUGGGUUUCAAGGGCUGGCAAAAGCAUUCAGGGAGUUCGAGGGAGCCUGUGUGGCCUUAAGAGACCCCAGAUGAGAGUUUUGACAGAGAGGCCUUGUUUGUUCCACGUCCCUGAAGCCCCUAAAGAAGAUCAGUGCGGCUGUUGCAGACUCUUACCAUUUGAAAAGGCUCUCCCAAAUUUUUGUCUGUGUCUAGUGGUCGUUGGAUGCUAUUUGCUGAUACCUCAUUUGAGAGGUAUAGUCAUAGUGAAGAUGCCUAUGUAACAAAUGAAUAAGUAACAUGGAAUUAAGAAUAUGGAUCGAAAUUAAGGCUAUAGAUAGUAAAGAGAAAUGAAAGGCUUAAAAGCGACUCUGGAGCUAAGCAUGCCUCUGUUGUUGUUGUUGUUUAGUCGUGUCCGACUCUUCGUGACCCCAUGGACCAGAGCAUGCCAGGCACUCCUGUCUUCCACUGCCUCCCGCAGUUUGGUCAAACUCAUGCUGGUAGCUUCAAGAACACUGUCCAACCAUCUCGUCCUCUGUCUUCCCCUUCUCCUUGUGCCCUCAAUCUUUCCCAACAUCAGGGUCUUUUCCAGGGAGUCUUCUCUUCUCAUGAGGUGGCCAAAGUAUUGGAGCCUCAGCUUCAGGAUCUGUCCUUCCAGUGAGCACUCAGGGCUGGUUUUCUUAAGAAUGGAUGUGUUUGAUCUUCUUGCAGUCCAUGGGACUCCCAAGAGUCUCCUCCAGCACCAUAAUUCAAAAGCAUCAAUUCUUUGGCGAUCAGCCUUCUUUAUGGUCCACCUCUCACUUCCAUACAUCACUUCUGGGAAAACCAUAGCUUUACCAAACUUCAAUCCUAUUAAACAAGCCCUUUUAGCUUUGUGCUGAGUCAUUGCAGUAGCAAAAUGUUUGCUUGAGAGCCAAUUAGAAAUAAUAAAAUGAGGUGAUAAAAUAUUUGAGUUGCAUUUAAAUUAUUCCAUGAGCAUUUGGCCUUGGAAUUAAUCAUAACUGUUUCAUUAUUAGUCCAGAAGCUUGUCUGUGUUUGUCGGUUGCAUAAAAAAUUGACCAAGUGCCCUGUGGCAACUUAAAAGUCUUAACAGAUUGAAUAGCAUGAUGAGUCUGAGACAUACACUCCUUCAUCUCGUAUGUGAACUGAAUUUAAUGUUAAUGUUAAUGUUAGAUUUAUCUUUAAAAAUACAACUGUAUAUAUUUUUUUCUGAAUGAAAUCUUGUAGACUCCCAAUGGAAUCUUGUAGACUCUACAAUAUAACUUUGGAAAUGAAAGAUUAGACACCUUGGUCAGUGGUUCAGCUACUUCUGGGGCAAUUCACAGCAAACUAAGGCUUACAACCAAUAUUGCCUUAUAAAACAUACUUCCAAGGCAUAUGUUGUUGUUUUUUUAAGAAUAAUUUUUUAUUAACCGACCAAUCACAUCAAAUCAAACCAAAUUACAUAAAUUCCAAAUUACACAGCCGAAUUUUAAAUUUUUGUUGGGGGUACCCAUAUUUCAAGUUCGAAGGGAUCCAAUCAACUUCUUGCUUCUUACUGCUGUUUUAAUGUCCACAAAUCUAACCUUAUGAUGUUCACAGUACUAUCCAGUCCUUUCUUAUUAUUUUUCCACAUCUCUUGUUGUUAUUUUCAUAUAUUUUUCCUUUCUCUUUGUGACCUCUGAUAGUCUCCGCAAGCUGGUUAGAACAGUUUGUAAUCCUGCGUGGAUAUUAAUUUUUUUAUCCAGUAGCCAUAUCCAGACGUUUUCCAUAUAACAUCACUUCCAUACAUCAAAACAGUCUUAGCGUCAUUAAUCUUCACCAAUCUGCCUCCUUUCUCAAAACCUCUGAGGAGAUUUACUAGGAAUGCAGUCUGAAAACAAAUCCGUUCUUCCUCCCGGCUAUAAAUCCUUUGGCAAGAUGGCGACUCCGAAUUAAUUGCUGCGCCAUUCCCAAAAGCUCUUAUUGCUUCUCGGUGUCCAUAAAGCAUACUUUUGGUUAAAGUUUAUCUCCACGCAGACCUUAAUCAUCCUGCUUGGGUCAGUUCAACCGAUGGUUCUAAUGAGGAGGGGUUCUUGUAAAUCACAUAGAAGGAAAGUAAAAAAGGUUCCCCCCCCAUUCAGCCCCGUUGUCAACAUACCCCGCCUUUGGUAUAUCUUCAUCGUAAAAUAUUCCUGUUUCUCCAGCCCGUCGUCUUCUUUCGCAGAGGUCACUUAAAUUAGCAGACUUCACUCCCCUUCUUCACUUGAAAUAUGUGCAUUUGCUUCUUUUGUAAUUAAUUAUUCCAAAUUGCUGCAACUAGUGCGCGAUCAGAGACAGCAUCCAGGGGAGCCGAUGUCCACACGGGGGCAUUCUGCCUAGGGCCCUCACCCCCUUCUUUCGAAUUAGGGGGUGAUUUAUGGGCACAGCAGGCAAGGGCAGUGUUCCCCAUUUCCUUGGGGCAACAAGGGAGGCUGCCUACUCCCAUAACAGCCUCUUAAUUACCCCGUGUGGGUCGGAGAGAUGGUAUUGUCGGCCAUCUUCUAAUGCGCCCCCUAGUGGCCCCCUUCCAAGGCAUAUGUAGAUGCAAAGCCUCAUUUCAGAAAUAAGCAGACUUACAGUGCAGCCCUGUACAUGUCUACUCAGAAGUAAGUCCCAGUGAAUUUAGUGGGGCUUACUCUGAGGUAAGUAGGAAUAGGAUUGCAGUCCCAGGCACGCAUUGCUCCUAAAUGAAAUCUAUGGACUUAAGUUAGCAAAGACUAGGUUUGUUUCAUUCAUUUUAAUGGGACCUCUAAGCGCACCUAACUUGGUCUGGAUCUAACCUCUUAAUUCUGAAGAACAACUAGGAAAACAAACCAUUCAAUUUAGGGGGGGAAAUGUGGCCUUGAAAUACCACACAAUGGAAGCAAAAGAAAUAUUGUGUUGUGUUUCACUAUGAUUUCCUUUUUCAUAGUCAAUGUCCGGAAGGAUAUGUGUGUGUAAAAGCUGGCCGAAACCCCAACUAUGGCUACACAAGUUUUGAUACCUUCAGCUGGGCCUUCUUGUCGCUCUUUCGGCUGAUGACUCAGGACUACUGGGAAAACCUUUACCAACUGGUGAGAACUAUCACGAGGCAUGCUUAGUAUGUAUGAUAAUAAAGCGGAAGCUUUUUUCUUGCUGACUGUGUGUAACUUUUCAAAAAACCUGACGCAAAACCUGAAGCAAUUAGUUAUAAUUUAUGCAUAUUUGGGGCGUCAUUACAAUUUGCAGUUGAUGAAUAGGCAAGGCAGUAUCAUCGGCAGAAAACCUAACCGGUGAGACCUUGUUGUUUCUCCCCACACUAGACCUUAAGAGCUGCUGGCAAAACGUACAUGAUCUUUUUUGUCCUGGUGAUUUUCCUGGGCUCUUUCUACCUGAUCAACCUGAUCCUGGCCGUUGUUGCCAUGGCCUACGAAGAGCAGAACCAAGCCACCAUGGAAGAAGCAGAGCAGAAGGAGGCCGAGUUCCAGCAAAUGCUGGAGCAGCUGAAAAAGCAACAGGAAGAAGCCCAGGUAGCUUUCUUCUGGAAAAUGCACUGCUUGUAAUGCACUUGCUAUAAUGUGCUGACAUAAACUUGUAUCUUAUCAGAUUUUUAUGUUCCUGGGCAGCACCUGCCAAGGCCCUCACUGACAUCCAGAGCUCUCUGGACCUUCUGAUGUUCUCCUUCUUGUUGCCACUUACUAGCCUGCUUGGUCUCCCUCUCUCUAUCUCCACCAAGUGGGAGUGAUAGGACCGAGGAGCCAGAGAAGCUAGUUGACUUUCCAGCCCUUUCCCUCCAUAUGGCCAACAGAGAAGAAGUGGGUGACUGCAGGAGCCAAGCAGAAUGGUCGGGGUUGGGCAAUAGGGGCAACGUUCCUCCAAAUCUGCAGCUGGCAUUGGAUUUAAGCCUCCCUACGGGAUGAGCUCCCGUUGUUUGGUCCCUGCUCCUGCCAACCUAGCAGUUCGAAAGCACUUCAAAGUGCACUCCAGCGGGAAGGUAAACAGCGUUUCCGUGCGCUGCUCUGGUUCGCCAGAAGCGGCAUAGUCUUGCUGGCCACAUGACCCGGAAGCUGUACGCCGGCUCCCUUGGCCAAUAAAGCGAGAUGAGCGCCGCAACCCCAGAGUCGUCCGCAACUGGAUCUAAUGGUCAGGGGUCCCUUUACCUUUAAAUAUCACAAAACAGCGAGUCUGCUACCGUUAAACACUUGGUGCUAAAUAAAUAAAUAAAUAAAUGUUUAGCGGGUGUUUAUGUACUUAUAUUUAGCCUCAACUUGUGUUGCAUUAAUCAAAGGUAUUGGGACUUUGUUUCAAUGUGUACCUUUCCUCCAUAAAUGUGCUUUGCUCUCCUCACGCCACCUUAAAAUACUUGGUGUCACCUGAGGCACUGCCAAGCUGACUUUGUAUGAGAAUUCCGGGAUUCCAUCAUUCCAGGGGAUGAUUGCCCUAAAGUAUGGAAGCCUGCAUAGUGUGACUGGAGCGUAUCCACCCCAUGCCUUCCCUCCAUUUUCAGCUGAGGCGUAUUCUUAUUGCAUAUCCAUGAGGUCGCUAAAUACAAGGAAGGAGAGGCGGACAGUACUCACUAGGCUGCACAUAUGCUAGUCCCACCCCUAAUCUCUGUGUGGUUGACUGAAGCCAUGAAUGGGGCUUUAUGUGGACACAGCUUUAUGUGUGAUAGGGAACCCUGGUGUGGUCUCAGUUCCCAAUCAGGCAUUCAGGGACUUUUCUCAUGUUCCUCCAGCUUUGUGAAGGGCAGUGUGGGACUGCUGUACGUGCAGCAGAUGAAGACAGGGCCUGCAGGCAUGAUCCAGUCUCAGCAGUGUACAGGAGGGUCUUGGGAGAUCAGAAUGGCCUCGACCAGAGCCAGGGCCUUUUUGGCCGUGGCCCCGGCCUGGUGGAACGCUCUCUCACAAGAGGCUAGGGCCCUGCGAGAUUUGACAUCUUUCUGCAGGGCCUGUAAGACGGAGCUGUUCCGCCAGGCCUUUGGUCAGGGUUCAGCCUGACUCGUUUUCUCUUUGUAUAAGAACAAGCAUGAAGGAGGUUCCCAGCCUGCUCAUAGGUCCUUAUAAUAUCAGUGGAAACAGUUGGUCUUGGCAAGUAUUAACCGCUUCCAAUUUUAACCUGAAGAUUGCCACGUGUCCAGUUUUAAUUUUAAUGUUAAUUGUUUGAAUUAACUGUGGGAUGUAUCUUAGUUGAUUGAUCGCUUGUGUUAUGCAUAUCGUCUUAUUUAUAUGAUGUUAGCUGCUCUGAGUCCAGCUUUGGCUGGGGAGGACGGGCUGAACGAUGGGGGUGAAGACACUCCUUAUCAAUUAAUGUGAUUCGUCAAUGGGAUAGGAGGACUAGAAGUGAAAAACUCUGCAGAAGCAAAUAACUAAUGAUCCACUUGCCUUCAUGAUACUUCACUACCAACUCUUAAAUAGUAGGAUGGAAUUGGCUGGUGUGUUCCAGAAACAUGGGCUGGUGGAAGUAGCUGUGAAGGAGAAAAGAUUGGGAUCUAAUGGCUCUCUGUUGGACUAUAAUAGGAAUAGGCAUGUUCUAAGCAGAGGCAACAUACCAUUGGUGGCUAACUUAUUAAAAACUACAAGGACAACUCUGCUGUACUGUAUUUUCAGAGAACUUCAUUACCUUAAAAGAAGAAAGCAAGCAUUAUUUUAUUCCAAAUAGAGAGGCACUAAUUAUUGACAUUUGUACGUAAUUGCUUUGUGACUGUGUACCCUUGGAAGCAAUAAUGAAUCUCUCUAAGGUUAUGAUUUAAUGUGGUAAUCCAACUAAUGCUAAUUACCUGACACUGUAACACAACAGACAACAGCAGCUGUGGCAGCAGCAUCGAUGGCAUCAAGAGAUUUCAGCGGCGUGGGUGGAUUGGGGGAGCUCUUGGAAAGUUCUUCAGAGGCAUCUAAAUUAAGCUCCAAAAGUGCUAAAGAAAGAAGGAACAGGCGAAGGAAAAAAAGGCAGAAGGAACUUUCGGAAGAAGAAGAUAGGGCCGAAGCUGAAAAGUUUCCUAAAUCUGAAUCUGAAGACAGUAUCCGAAGGGGAGCUCACCUGUCCUAUGAAAAAAGGACUUCAACUCACCAGGUAAAGUAUGCAAGCUAUGUAAUUCUGAGGCAAAUUUUUUCAUGUAUAUCCCAGGUCAUAAGGAAUAGGACAGAGCCCUUUUCAUGGUGGCCCCACAACUGCACAACUCUCUUCCACAAGUGGCCUGCUAUGCUCCAUAAUUAGGGUCUUAUAGAAAAUCCAUUAAGACUAUUUCUUUCUUUUUUUUGGUCCAAGUCAAGGUGUACAAAUAGAGACUGGCUUUGUUUUGCAGUGUCUCCCACUGAAUUCUAUGGAACAAGCUAAAAAGCAUGCAAUCUGGGUCAUAGUUGAAAGAAGGCAAAGCCUGCAGAUACUGGGGGGUCACCAAGGGCAGAGAGGAUAUUUCACCCUCACCUCAACAGUGUCCCUGAGUGCAUCCUUUUACUUUCUCCCAUAUAAGUGAAUAUUUACAUUUGAGGACAAAUAAGAGGUGGAGGCAAAGGCUGCCCCACCACCACAGUGACCCCAUUGUGGGAAUUGUACCUCUCCUUCCAGUACCGAAUGUCGUGUCGGGGGAACAGAGUGGGGGCUACAUGAUCCCAAGACAUAGGUGUAGGUGUUAUACAUUUAUUUCUAAAACUUGCCACUACCAAAGUCCUGAAGCAAUUUACAGUCAAACGAAAAGAUCAAAUAGCAAAAAUAAAAUAAAACGUAUUAAAAACAUAUGCAGAACAAAAUAUCAUAAAAGGGUUUAUCUCCAUCCUAACCACCACAUGAAAUUUACAUGUGAAAUGUUGUAACGUAUAUAAUGGUGGUUUAAAAUAAAAGUUGCUAAGCCAGGAACUUCAAACCUCUUAUUUCAGAGUAUCUUUAGAACCAAUAGGAAAAUCAAUCAGACUAGUCCAGGGAUUACUGGAAGUUUAAAGUAACUAGAUCCGAAAGCAUAUUCAGAAGCAGGAGUAAUAAAUCUUAACAGAAGGAUCGUCUCCCCACCUCCCAGUACUAGUGAUGACUUUAUUUAUUCAUGAGUACUGCUAAUGAAAUAUGCAGAGAGGGAGUAAAAGAUUCCAUUAAGGAGUUUCUUGUUGUGCAAUUAAAUAAAAGCGUGGCCAGCAAAAAUUGAUUCCCACCCCCCCUUCUCUCAGUGGCAAAGUCACCAUCUUCAGGUCUCUUGUGGCUGCUGGAUGUUGCUUGAAAGCAUUAAUUGAUGAGACAAUAUGAUUAAUAAAUGGAGGAUUAAUAGAUCUCAAGUUAAAUGGAUUUAGCCAUUGGGCUUCCCCCAAAGCAGUAAGCAACAGCCGCCUACUUAAUACGCUUUCUUUUGCCUUCGGAAGCAUCUACUGAUGUUUGAAAGAUCCCCCUUGAGGAUAAUGCAGGGUGGGUCAUGGCUAUGUAUAAUUAAAUGGUUGAGGAGAUUUUUCCUAACAAUGUUGCCUUGCAUAAUGGGUUGGAGAAGAACAAGUAAGCCUGGGCUGUGUAAAUGAGUGUCAAAACUUAAAUAGGAACAUAGAAGUCCCCUUAUACUGAGUACAGUGGUGCCUCGCAAGACGAAAUUAAUCCGUUCCGCGAGUCUCUUCGUCUUGCGGUUUUUUCGUCUUGCGAAGCACGGCUAUUAGUGGCUUAGCGGCUUUAAGAAAAAGGAAACAAACUCGCAAGAACUCGCAAGACCUUUCGUCUUGCGAAGUAAGCCCAUAGGGAAAUUCGUCUUGCGGAACAACUCAAAAAAUGGAAAACUCUUUCGUCUAGCAAGUUUUUCGUCUUGCGAGGCAUUCGUCUUGUGGGGCACCACUGUAAUUGGUCCAUCUAUGGUCCAUCUAUGAGCACUAAUAUAUACUCAAAGUGUAUACUCAGUUCUGAACAAACUAAGCCUCGUCACAGCUGCCAGAGGGCUGUGAAAAAUUGUGUGCCAGGCUUUUUGGACUCGUCUACCCAUGAAGUUUCUGAAACCAAAGGGGGUACAUUGGUUGCCCGGUAUGAUCCCCCCCCCCAGCUCUCCUACCCCACUAUUAAGGUUGCAGGGAUUGAAACUUCCGCAGGCAAAGCUCUCCUACCUGAGCUAGCAUCCUUCCCAAGACCAGGGGAGAUCUGGGUCUAUGGAAGAAUAAGCCAAGUUGAGUAUCCUGAAACAGUGGGACGCGGGUGGCGAUGUGGGUUAAACCACAGAGCCUAGGACUUGCUGAUCAGAAGGUCGGCGGUUUGAAUCCCUGCCACAGAGUGAGCUCCCAUUUCUUAGUCCCUGCUCCUGCCAACCUAGCAGUUCGAAAGCAUGUCAAAGUGCAAGUAGAUAAAUAGGUACUGCUCUGGCAGGAAGGUAAACGGCAUUUCCGUGCACUGCUCUGGUUCACCAGAAGCAGCUUAGUCAUGCUGGCCACAUGACCCGGAAGCUGUACGCCGGCUCCCUCGGCCAGUAAAGCAAGUUGAGCGCUGCAACCCCAGAGUCAGCCAUGACUGGACCUAAUGAUCAGGGGUCCCUUUACCUUUAAGUCAAAAGCAAUUAAAACAACAACAACCCACGAGUGGUUCCAAAUACUAACUGUGUUGUUGUUUCCCCUCUUCCCCUCCCCCACCCCCCUCACAGUCUUUGUUGAGCCUUCGCGGCUCCUUGUUUUCCCCGAGGCGCAACAGCAGAACCAGCAUUUUCAGCUUCAGAGGCCGAGCAAAGGACAUAGGAUCGGAAAACGACUUCGCUGACGAUGAGCACAGCACCCUCGAGGACAACGAGAGCAGAAGGGACUCUCUCUUCGUCCCAAACAGACACAACAGCGAACGCCGUAACAGCAACACCAGCCAGGCGAGCCUGUCGUCGAGGAUGGUGCCGGCAAUUCCGGCAAACGGGAAGAUGCACAGCACCGUGGAUUGCAAUGGCGUCGUUUCCUUGGCGGGAGGACCUCCUGGGCUCAUAUCACCUCCUGGGCAGCUUCUGCUGGAGGUGAGAAGCUUCCUAUUCCACUCUGUCGCAUCUGGCAUGUUUCUUACAUCUUAGACCCCCGGUUGGAGACCUCAAGCUCAGGGGUCGAAUGAACAACUCUGUCUGGCCCUCAGAACUCUCUCCAGGCCACACCCACCACGGAUUCAUCUUUUCCCCCUGAGUUUCUUUCCUGGCUUCAAUGUGCCCAUGAACUCUUAAUCAUGCUUGUUGUUUGUCUGGAUGGAGAUAGAAGGGUGUAUUUAGAAAGUAGACUACUGGGGUAAAAGCAAAAAUUACAUUCAUCGCAUGUGCCGUCAAGUGGUAGCCCAGAAUGGAAUGUGAACCAGGUUUCCCCAUCCCUGCCUUACACUAUGAUGCCUCUGUUUGUGUACACUGCCUCUGAUUUUCCCAGAUGGCUACCACCACCACUAAAGCACAUGCAAAGUUGUGCGUAUUGAACACCACCAAAAAAACCUCAGAUCUUGGUGUGAUCUUGGGGGGUCACAUUUAUAUAGCUUAUGGCUUGAGUUCCUGGAAUUAUAUGGACCACAAUUGUAUUUUCAGGGUACCACCACCGAAACAGAAAUAAGAAAAAGAAGAUUGAGCUCUUACCAGAUUUCGAUGGAGUUGAUGGAAGAAUCUGCAGCAAGGCAAAGAGCCAUGAGUAUAGCCAGUAUACUCACAAACACCAUGGAAGGUACCGGGUUGGGGGGGCAGGAAUAUGUUUGGCCAUGUAUUGUGCUGAUAUCACACUCUUAAAAGAGGGCCACUUCUAUUUCAGUGGAAAGUAAGUAUUGUUAAGUGCUGAACCCUUAGGCAUUCAUUGAGCAUUUCCAUUAUUUAGAGUGAUUCAAGUUGAUUCAGCCCUUGUAAAAUUCCCUAAUUUUGUUUCCACCUCCCUGUCAGGCAGCUGUUAAAAUGGUUUUCAGGUGAUUUUUGCAUCGUCUCUAAUGAUGGCAUGCCUGGCCUUCCUGGGUAACAGGUAUUUCUGAUGCACCAAAGAAGAAAAGAAUCUUCCUGUUCUUAGUGGCAUGAGAAGCAAUUAGUUUGUACCAAAACUUGUGCCUCAUCUACCUCAUCUAAGUGCUAACGCUUCAAAAUGGCAGUGGUUGGCAAACCAAGGGAAGACAAUUGUAGCCUUGUGUACACGCCAGUCAGAUUUUUAUUGUUUGUGGGCAACGCCCAUUACAAUAUAAAUCACAAAACAACCACAAUGGGCAAUCCAAUACAAGGGUAAGUAAAAGCAUCAAGUUUUUGAAUUACAAAUAAUCGAAACUUAAAAUGAUAAAUCAUUUAUAGGUUUUUUAAAAAAAUUCCCUUAGCAGUUUGUUUUUUUUAAGUAUCCUGUAACAUUCUCAUUUUUAGCUAACAAACUUGCUAACGUCAGCCAGCAACCAUCUAAUUUUGUAAUAAUCAGAUAAUCCUAUGUAGUGUAUAGUUCUGGCUGUUCAUUGCAGAAAGCUGAUUUAUUUUUUAUUUUUUUAACAAAUAUCUUGCCUAUAAAAUCUUUUUCCAGAACUUGAAGAAUCCAGACAGAAGUGUCCACCAUGCUGGUAUAGAUUUGCAAACACGUUCUUGAUCUGGGAUUGCUGGCCUCCUUGGCUAAAAGUGAAGCACAUCAUGAAUUUGAUAGUGAUGGAUCCAUUUGUGGAUCUUGCUAUCACCAUCUGCAUUGUUUUGAAUACGCUGUUUAUGGCUAUGGAGCACUAUCCGAUGACUCCCUAUUUCAACCAUGUCCUUUAUGUUGGAAACCUGGUAUGUGAACAAUUAUUUAUUCACGUGAUCUUAUACUAGGAAUCCUUAAGGCAAUGUACAAUGCGGUAUACAAGAAUUUUGAAAUGUAACUCAAUUAAAAAGAGAAGCCGAGUAAAAAGCAGUGGAAUGUACCAGAAUCGAGAUGCACAGAAUCCAGAUAUGUAGCACCAUCUUGAAAAAAUUUCCCCGAGUAACAGGGGAGAUUUUCAGUGGCAUCCAAAAUUAUCUGAAGGAAGUGUGCAUGCACACGAAAGCUCAUACCGAUAACAAACUUAGUUGCUCUCUAAGGUGCUACUGGAUGGAAUUUUUUAAAUUUUGUUUUAUCUAAAAUUAAAUCAGUGAUGAGCAUCACUGGGUUUCCCUGAUGAAAGUUAUUUAGCAAACGUGCUGUAAAAGUCCUGCUCCAAGAUUACCAGGUUUAAUCCCCUGGAGGAAAGGGCUGGAUUUUCAGGCUCUCUUUAUGAACCCCUCAGGUGUCCCCGAAAGUGGGUGGGAGAGCCCCCAUUCAACAAAUUGUCACUGCCAUCCCAGAGCCCGAACAGGACAUCCUCUGUGGACUCCAAAGAGGGUCUCCUCAUGAGCCAGAGGUGCAGCGUGGCUUUGCUGAGGUCCUUCAGCCUCCUAGCUAACAGCUGGCAUGUGGGAAAACAACGCCUCAACUGAGCAAGCCCCCAGGCUCUUUGGGCUCGUUAAGCAGCUCAACUGAAGCGCUGAGGCCCCUCCCUGCCUCAGCUGAGCAAGGCCCCACCCUGCUGAGGGAGGAGCUCGUUAAGCAGCUCAACUGAAGCGCGGAAGCCCCUCCCUGCCUCAGCUGAGCAAGGCCCCACCCUGCUGAGGGAGGAGCUCGUUAAGCAGCUCAACUGAAGCGCGGAAGCCCCUCCCUGCCUCAGCUGAGCAAGGCCCCACCCUGCUGAGGGAGGAGCUCGUUAAGCAGCUCAACUGAAGCGCGGAAGCCCCUCCCUGCCUCAGCUGAGCAAGGCCCCACGUUGCUGAGGGAGGAGCUCGUUAAGCAGCUCAACUGAAGCGCGGAAGCCCCUCCCUGCCUCAGCUGAGCCAGGCCCCACCCUGCUGAGGGAGGAGCUCGUUAAGCAGCUCAACUGAAGCACUGAGGCCCCUCCCAGCCUCAGCUGAGCAAGGCCCCACCCUGCUGAGGGAGGAGCUCGUUAAGCAGCUCAACUGAAGCGCGGAAGCCCCUCCCUGCCUCAGCUGAGCCAGGCCCCACCCUGCUGAGGGAGGAGCUCGUUAAGCAGCUCAACUGAAGCGCGGAAGCCCCUCCCUGCCUCAGCUGAGCAAGGCCCCACCCUGCUGAGGGAGGAGCUCGUUAAGCAGCUCAACUGAAGCGCGGAAGCCCCUCCCUGCCUCAGCUGAGCAAGGCCCAACGUUGCUGAGGGAGGAGCUCGUUAAGCAGCUCAACUGAAGCGCGGAAGCCCCUCCCUGCCUCAGCUGAGCAAGGCCCAACGUUGCUGAGGGAGGAGCUCGUUAAGCAGCUCAACUGAAGCGCUGAGGCCCCUCCCUGCCUCAGCUGAGCAAGGCCCAACGUUGCUGAGGGAGGAGCUCGUUAAGCAGCUCAACUGAAGCGCGGAAGCCCCUCCCUGCCUCAGCUGAGCCAGGCCCCACCCUGCUGAGGGAGGAGCUCGUUAAGCAGCUCAACUGAAGCGCGGAAGCCCCUCCCUGCCUCAGCUGAGCCAGGCCCCACCCUGCUGAGGGAGGAGCUCGUUAAGCAGCUCAACUGAAGCGCUGAGGCCCCUCCCUGCCUCAGCUGAGCCAGGCCCCACCCUGCUGAGGGAGGAGCUCGUUAAGCAGCUCAACUGAAGCGCGGAAGCCCCUCCCUGCCUCAGCUGAGCAAGGCCCCACCCUGCUGAGGGAGGAGCUCGUUAAGCAGCUCAACUGAAGCGCGGAAGCCCCUCCCUGCCUCAGCUGAGCCAGGCCCCACCCUGCUGAGGGAGGAGCUCGUUAAGCAGCUCAACUGAAGCGCGGAAGCCCCUCCCUGCCUCAGCUGAGCAAGCCCCCCCCCUGCUGAGGGAGGAGCUCGUUAAGCAGCUCAACUGAAGCGCUGAGGCCCCUCCCUGCCUCAGCUGAGCCAGGCCCCACCCUGCUGAGGGAGGAGCUCGUUAAGCAGCUCAACUGAAGCGCGGAAGCCCCUCCCUGCCUCAGCUGAGCAAGGCCCCACCCUGCUGAGGGAGGAGCUCGUUAAGCAGCUCAACUGAAGCGCGGAAGCCCCUCCCUGCCUCAGCUGAGCCAGGCCCCACGUUGCUGAGGGAGGAGCUCGUUAAGCAGCUCAACUGAAGCGCGGAAGCCCCUCCCUGCCUCAGCUGAGCAAGGCCCCACCCUGCUGAGGGAGGAGCUCCCCCUUGCCUCAGCUGAGCAGCCUCAACAAGCUUCUGACUGCCAAGGGGAUGCACCCCCCCAGCUCAAAAGGAUCGCCUUUAGGCUGGGUCUUCUGAGGGAGGUGUGUUCCGGCACCUUUUUCCCCAGAAAAAAAGCACGGGGGGGCACUAUUGCCAUGGUUUUGCCCCACUAGACACACCACUCCUGCCCCACAGGAUAAAGGAAAUGCUUGUGGACAGUGCUAUUUUUCUGAAAAAAGAGGUGCCAGAAUUCACCAUGAAUUCACCCUUGCUCUCCUAUAGUGGUGCCCACCUGAGAGGUGCCAGAACUGAGUUCUAGUGAGUUCUAGUGAGUUCUGGCUGCAAAAAAAUAAUAAUAAAAAAAUGGCCUGCUUGUGGGUAACUAGAAAUAUCUACUUCAAACUUGUCACCAUCUUUCGCUUGAAAAUAAAGCUAUGCACAAUAAAGGAAAGUAGUUGCUAAUGCCCUAAAAAUCACUGCUGUUAACCAAACAGGUGUAUUUUGUGUGCUUUUUAAAGUUUGAUUGCACUGUUUGUUAAAAUGAAUAAUCACCAUCCUAAUUCCACAGGUGUGGGUCUCCUUAGCAAAGCCAUUGGGAAGACUAGCGGGAAAUGACUAUGCAAAGCUCUUAAACAGAUGACUCUCUUUGCAUCCCGCCCCUAUUACCUUCGCUUCUUUAGGCUCUCAUUAAUGAAAAUGCGAUUACGAAUGUUAUUUGACAAUAUUAGAGAAUCUUAGCCCAUGUAAUCUAAGCUGCUUUGCAGAGAUCAUUUGUGGAGCAACACUUAGGCUUAGCCUAUAUAAUUUUUUCACAAGCUGAUUUAGUCGUGCCGCCAUUGUUCCAGCACAGAAUUGUCUGCAACGCUGGAAAGUUUGUAGAUCACAUUGCCAUCUCAUUACCUUUGUUCAGUAAAACAAAUUACUUAGGAACCUAAUAUUUCAAAAAGUGCUUUAAAAUAAGAAAAAAGACCAUCAUAAUAAUGUUACCACUUUAGUAGUGUGGUGGUGGAAUAUUUAACAGUACCAUUCUGAUAAUCCAAAUUAAUUCUAAUAUAUCAGUGCCUGACCUGAAAGUCCCCAUUUAUGUCCUCACGUCCCCAGACAGAAAUUAUACCUUUAUGGACCUUUCAUUUUCCUAGAACACGAAACUAUAUCAGCUUUUAAUGUGAAAUAUGAACACAAAUAGAAUAAAUAUUCAUACCUGUGUAAUUUAACACUGUUCAAGUUCCAGCGAAUGACCUACUGAUUUAGAGGUGCUGAUUCAAAAUGCAUAAGAACAGCACAUUUGGCUGGUGCCCUUAGUGCCAGAUAUAAUUAGAUCAUGCCAUCUAUGCCCACUGUAUUAUGUUCCACCCUUUUCUGUUAUUAUCAUUAUUACAAUUGAUUUAUCAGCUGCACCAUUGUCUCAAGGCGGUUUACACAUGAAGUGUUCUAGGGGCCAUCAAAAGUAUUCUUAAAUCCCCAUUGUGGGUAUCUUAGGGUGCAGGUGCAAGUGAGCGGUGCAGAAAAUCAAAACAGACUACAGUACUCAGACCAUUUACUUAAGCAUGUGAGGUGUGACUUUAACCUUGCAAUCCACCUAUUUUCCGGUUAAUUUAGGGCUGGUUCCCAAAGGCCAGUGGGCCUCGUAUGAGUGUAUCAGGCGUGUGCAGGAUUGCUAGGUUCAUAUUCCAGAGGCACUUGCGCAGAAACACUGAUCACAUCCACACAUAGCUUCCUUCAGUAACCCCGGGAAUUUUCACAUACCUGCAAUUCUUAGCACCCUUAGCAAGCUGGAGUUUGUGGUAACAAUAAAAUAUUUGUGUUCCCGAUCACUUGUUUUCAAACAUAUGUGGGAAACAGGUACGCACUGUAGGGUAUUCCCAUCUGAAGCAGUCUUCAUACUGUAUUAACUUUAAUUAGGGACGAGUGCUGGUUCAUAAUGUCCUCCCUGCUGGUACUCAUUUAAAAACCUCAACUCUUUUACUCUCUUAAUCUCUUAACCUCAUUUUCUUGGUUUCUGUCCAAAGGAAGUUAAUUUACUAUUAUUUGGUGGCCUGCUUUGUAGCUUGGCAAUUGAUUAUGAGCCUUUUCCUUCUUCUCCUUUUCAGCCAAAGGAAAUUACAAUGAAAGUCCUUGAUUACUUCUACAUAAUUUAAAAAUUAAUCGUAUUAAAAUUAAGUGUUUCGUUUUUAACAGAAAAACAUUAAUUGAAGGGGCUUCAGAAGUGACAGGAGAAUGUCUCCGCAGAAAUGAAGAGUUCAAGCAAAAGUAUUUUUUAAAAAUGACCCAAAUGUUAGGGAUAUCGAAGAUAAGAGCAUUUUUCUGCUAUGUUACCUGAAAAUAUCUGCCACCCUAUUUUUUUACUAUGACAGCAUUCCAGAAUAUGAAAUGCAGUAGGAUGUGAAUAAUAUAUAGAGAGAGAUUGCUAUCCUAAUGCUGUUCUAGCAUUCAUUCCACAGGAUGACACAAUGAAAGACCACCCUAAACUCACCAUUUUAAAGUGGUGAGCCCCUUAGGAAUCAAUUAUAAAGGGACCCCUGACCAUUAGGUCCAGUCGUGACCGACUCUGGGGUUGCGGCGCUCAUCUCGCUUUACUGGCCGAGGGAGCCAGCGUACAGCUUUCGGGUCAUGUGGCCAGCAUGACUAAGCCGCUUCUGGCGAACCAGAGCAGCACACGGAAAUGCCGUUUACCUUCCCACCAGAGCGGUACCUAUUUAUCUACUUGCACUUUGAUGUGCUUUCGAACUGCUAGGUUGGCAGGAGCAGGGACCGAGCAACGGGAGCUCACCCUGUCGCAGGGAUUCGAACCGCCGACCUUUUGAUCGGCAAGUCCUAGGGUCUGUGGUUUAACCCACAGCACCACCCGCGUCCCUUCUACUUCGUUUCAAAUAAUUUUUUAAGUUUGUAAACUUAGUAUGCAAUUGGGCUAGUUUAAUUUAAAAGAACUCAAAUGAAGUGUAAACUAAUUCAUUAUACUUGCACUUAGGUCUUCACUGGGAUCUUCACUGCAGAAAUGGUCCUCAAGAUAAUAGCCAUGGAUCCUUAUUACUAUUUCCAAGAAGGCUGGAAUAUUUUUGAUGGCAUCAUUGUCAGCUUGAGUUUGAUGGAGCUGGGUCUUGCAAAUGUGGAAGGGUUGUCAGUCCUAAGAUCCUUCAGACUGGUAAAUGUGCAAGCAGUACAACACAAGUUUUCACAUAAUUUCCAGUAUUUAUAGGCAGAAUGCAAUAUUGGCUUCGGCGUAUUUGAAAGAAACUGAGAUCAAACUUUUUUACUGCUUUGAAUUUAAUAGUUGAAUUUAAUGUUGAGGCAGGUGAUUAGCUGUGGGAGGAGCUUAUCCGAGCUUGCAGGGCAGCAGUUGGAGAAGGAGCAAAAAGGGUUUUCUUGUGUGUGUGUGUUUCUUUGUGGCUGAUUAGCUGCUCUAAAGGUCAGAGGGGGCAGGGUUUCUGUUGAGGCAGGUGAUUAGCUGUGGGAGGAGCUUAUCAGAGCUUGCAGGGCAGUUUGAUCCAUCUUUUAGAUUUAGGGGAGCUAGUCUCAAACGUUUGUUGGGGGAGACCUAGGUUUUUUGUGGGGAGUUAUUUGUCCUGUCUUCAUGCUUUUUAUGAUGGAGGACCGCUGUAGCCACCCCCAACGACACGUUCUCAAGAUGGAGGGGAGGGAACAGCUGCAGUCGCCUGCGGUUCCUGCGCAAUGUUUGCCAUCUUGCCAAAGGUUGCAGGCAGCUUUACCUGCAGCAAUUGCAUGUUGAUUGCCCUCUUAAAAGACAAAGUCCAGCAACUGGAGGAACGUGUAGCUACGCUCCAAAGAAUUAGAGAGCUGGAGCUCUUCUUGGAAGCAACAGAGCACACUGUCUCCACCAAGGAGGAGACAGGGGACUCCCUGAGAAGGAGGCUAGUUCACCAACACAGGAGCCAGAUAUAUGGAGAAACAUGACUCAAAGAAGUAGGAGGCCCAGGGUUCGCUCUGAUUGUUUAGAAAUACACAAUCGCUUUGAGGUCCUCUCCCUAGCAUGGAAGACGAAGAGCAGACUCCAUUUGAGGAUCUCUCCCUCAUUACAGUCGAUCAGGUAUAUGAAGAUGAGCAGCAAAGUCAGUCCUCAGGGAACGUGCAGGCGACCUUGGAACGGACAGCUCAUGGAAGAACCCCGACCAAACCUAAGAGGAGGCGUGUAGUGGUGAUAGGAGAUUCCCUACUGAGGGGAACAGAAGCAGUGAUCUGUGGGCCUGACAAGAUGUCUCAGGAAGUGUGCUGUCUCCCCUGGGCUAAGAUCCAAGAUGUAACUGAACAACUGCAAGGAAUCAUAAAACCCACUGACAAAUACCCCUUCCUCUUGGUUCAUGUGGGAACCAAUGACACUGCAAGCAAUAGCCUCCAGAAGAUCAAAAGAGACUACGAGGCUCUGGGCAGGAAAUUGAAGCAAUUAAAUGCACAAAUUGUCAUCUCAUCUGUCCUCCCAGUUGAACGACGUGGCCCAGGGAGAGAUGGGAAAAUAGUGGAAGUGAACAGCUGGCUUCGCUAAUGGUGUAAACAGGAACGGUUUGGAUUCUUAGAUCACGGACUGCAGUUUCUUGAAGAUGGACUUCUGGCAAGCGAUGGGCUGCACCUCACAACGGUUGGGAGAAAUGUUUUUGCCAAAAAUCUCAGAAACCUCAUCAGGAGGGCUUUAAACUGACUAAUGUGGGGGAGGGAGACAGUGCUCCUGAAGGUAGGAGUCUAUCAAUUGAUGAAGAUGAUCAUCCGAAUGUCAUAGACCAAAUGGAGCAAACAGCACACAGACCUAGUGGUGGGAGGAAAAAAGCCUUAAAUAAGAGACACGGGGGAAUGAUUAAUGGACUUCAAUGUCUGUACACUAAUGCGCAAAGCAUGGGAAAUAAACAAGAUGAGCUUGAGCUCUUGGUACAGCAAACUAAAUAUGACAUAAUAGGCAUCACUGAAACCUGGUGGGAUAAGUCCCACGAUUGGAAUGUAAUAAUGGGGGGAUACAAUCUAUUUCAGAGAAACAGAACAGACAAGAAAGGAGGAAGAGUGGCGUUAUAUGUCAGGGAUGUGUAUACCUGUGAAGAGAUCCAAGAUUUAGAACCUCAAAGCCAAAGUGAGAGCAUUUGGGUCAAAAUUAAGGGAGAGAAGAAUAACAGUGACCUCAUUGUGGGAGUUUACUAUAGAUCCCCAAGCCAAACGGAGGACAUAGAUGAUGCCUUCCUGGAACAGAUGGCCAAGCAUGCAAAAGGAAGGGAGAUAGUAGUAAUGGGGGACUUCAAUUACCCGGAUAUUUGUUGGAUGUCAAACUCAGCCAAGAGCAUAAGGUCAAACAGAUUCCUCACUGGCCUUGCAGACAACUUCAUUGUCCAGAAAGUGGGAGAAGCAACAAGAGGAACAGCCAUUUUAGAUCUGGUCCUAACCAAUGUUGAUGACCUGGUUAGUGGGGUAGAAGUGGAAGGAUCAUUAGGCGCGAGUGAUCAUGCUCUUCUGAAGUUUACUAUACAGCGGAAAGGAGCAGCCAAGCAUACUAGGACUCAAUUUCUUGACUUUAAGAAAGCCGACUUCAUAAAACUUAGGGAAGUGCUGGGUGAGAUCCCAUGAACAGUAAUACUAAAAGGAAAGGGAGUUCAUGAUGGCUGGGAGUUUGUUAAGAGGGAGAUAGUAAAAGCACAACCUCAGGCAAUACCAAUGAGACGGAAACAUGGAAGGUGCCUAAAGAAGCCAGGGUGGCUAUCUAAAGAACUUUUAACUGAGUUAAGAUUUAAAAAGGAUGUGUACAAAAAUGGAAAAGGGGGGAAACCACCAAAGAGGAAUUCAAACAAAUAGCCAGCACGUGUAGACACAAAGUCAGAAAAGCUAAAGCACAGAAUGAACUCAGGCUUGCUAGAGAGGUUAAAAGCAACAAAAAAGGCUUUUAUGGGUAUGUUCGUAGCAAAAGGAAGAACAAAGAAACAGUGGGGUCACUCAGAGGAUAAAAUGGUGAAAUGCAAACAGGGGACACAGAAGGGGCUGAACUCCUCAAUGCCUUCUUUGCCUCAGUCUUCUCCGAUAAAGAAAACAAUGCCCGACCUGAAGAAUUUGGAGCAAAUGAUUCAGCAAAGGAAACACAGCCCAGAAUAACUAAGGAGAUAGUACAAGAAUACUUGGCUAGUUUAGAUGUAUUCAAGUCUCCAGGGCCAGAUGAACUGCAUCCAAGAGUAUUAAAAGAACUGGCAGAUGUGAUCUCAGAACCACUGGCAGUCAUCUUUGAGAAUUCCUGGAGAACAGGCGAAGUCCCGGCAGACUGGAGGAGGGCAAAUGUUGUCCCUAUUUUCAAAAAGGGAAAAGAGAGGACCCAAAUAAUUACCGCCCAGUCAGUCUGACAUCAAUACCAGGGAAGAUUCUGGAGCAGAUCAUUAAGCAAACAGUCUGUGAGCACCUAGAAAGGAAUGCUGUGAUCACCAAUAGUCAGCAUGGAUUUCUGAAAAUUAAGUCAUGUCAGACUAACCUGAUCUCGUUUUUUGACAGAAUUACAAGCCUGGUAGAUGAAGGGAACGCAGUGGAUGUAGCCUACCUUGAUUUCAGCAAGGCAUUUGACAAGGUGCCCCAUGAUAUUCUUGUAAAGAAGCUGGUAAAAUGCGGUCUUGACUAUGCUACCACUCAGUGGAUUUGUAACUGGCUGACUGACCGAACCCAAAGGGUGCUCAUCAAUGGUUCCUCUUCAUCCUGGAGAAGAGUGACUAGUGGGGUGCCACAGGGUUCUGUUUUGGGCCCGGUCUUAUUCAACAUCUUUAUCAACAACUUGGAUGAUGGACUCAAGGGCAUCCUGAUCAAAUUUGCAGAUGACACCAAACUGGGAGGGUGGCUAACACCCCAGAGGACAGGAUCACACUUCAAAACGACCUUGACAGAUUAGAGAACUGGGCCAAAACAAACAAGAUGAAUUUUAACAGGAGAAAUGUAAAGUAUUGCACUUGGGCAAAAAAAUGAGAGGCACAAAUACAAGAUGGGUGACACCUGGCUUGAGAGCAGUACAUGUGAAAAGGAUCUAGGAGUCUUGGUUGACCACAAACUUGACAUGAGCCAACAGUGUGACACGGCAGCUAAAAAAGCCAAUGCAAUUCUGGGCUGCAUCAAUAGGAGUAUAGUAUCUAGAUCAAGGGAAGUUAUAGUGCCACUGUAUUCUGCUCUGGUCAGACCUCACCUGGAGUACUGUGUCCAGUUCUGGGCACCACAGUUCAAGAAGGACACUGACAAACUGGAACGUGUCCAGAGGAGGGCAACCAAAAUGGUCAAAGGCCUGGAAACGAUGCCUUAUGAGGAACGGCUAAGGGAGCUGGGCAUGUUUAGCCUGGAGAAGAGGAGGUUAAGGGGUGAUAUGAUAGCCAUGUUCAAAUAUAUAAAAGGAUGUCACAUAGAGGAGGGAGAAAGGUUGUUUUCUGCUGCUCCAGAGAAGCGGACACGGAGCAAUGGAUCCAAACUACAAGAAAGAACAGUAGGAAGAACUUCCUGACAGUAAGAGCUGUUUGACAGUGGAAUUUGCUGCCAAGGAGUGUGGUGGAGUCUCCUUCUUUGGAGGUCUUUAAGCAGAGGCUUGACAACCAUAUGUCAGGAGUGCUCUGAUGGUGUUUCCUGCUUGGCAGGGGGUUGGACUCGAUGGCCCUUGUGGUCUCUUCCAACUCUAUGAUUCUAUGAUUCUAUAAGUAUCGCUUGUGAAAUUUGUUAACUGAUUAGUAACUCCACCAUGUUCCCUGAAUUCAUGCUUUAAUCUAGUCUAUAAAACAAAUGUCAUUCCAAAAGGAUUUGACACAUAUACCAAAUGUGAACUGAUGGCUACUGUAGAAAUGCUAAUUGCAAUGGAAAAAAAUAUGUGAAUGCAGUUAUAAAUGCUCAGUAUGUGGCCUGUUUCUCAUUCAUUUCCUAAAUUCCACUAAAUGUAUAUAAGCAGUUUGUUCCUCCUUCUCUCUCUAAAUUUUGACCAACUGUAUUACGUUUUCAUUUCUGAAGCUAAAAGACAAAACACAUGGAGAAGUAUUUUGAGUAGUAAUGAUAAUGUCUUAUUGUUAUUGUUUUCCAGCUCCGGGUUUUCAAAUUAGCAAAAUCCUGGCCGACGCUAAAUAUGCUGAUCAAAAUUAUCGGCAACUCUGUGGGAGCUUUGGGAAAUCUGACCUUGGUCCUGGCCAUCAUUGUCUUCAUUUUUGCCGUGGUGGGCAUGCAGCUGUUCGGCAAAAGCUACAAGGAAUGUGUGUGCAAGAUUGCAGAAGACUGUGAGCUUCCACGCUGGCACAUGAAUGACUUUUUCCACUCUUUCUUGAUUGUGUUCCGAGUCCUUUGCGGAGAAUGGAUAGAAACCAUGUGGGACUGCAUGGAAGUUGCAGGUCAAACCAUGUGCCUCAUUGUGUUCAUGCUGGUCAUGGUGAUUGGAAACCUCGUGGUAUGUAAAUCAGGCUUUUUGAAAAGUAUUAGGAUGUCCAAUAAACGCUGUUUUGUAGAAAAAUCACUAGGCCAGAGUUUGACUCUGGGUCCUUAUUAAGCUUUGCAUUGUAUUAAUAUGAAUGGUUUUACAAGGCUAGUUUUCUUAGAAGAACAAGUUGGCCACAGAAGAAAAAUAUGUUAUUCUAGUUUGCCAUGAGAAAACAGAGGAGAAACUAUGUGUCAGAACAGAAGUGCUUCUCUAUCUAUGCACAUUAUGUUUUAGAAAAAAUGCAGCUGUACAUAGCAUCUUCCUGAUAUAAGCUGAGAAACUUGUGUUUUAAAACAAAGCGGUCUAUUGAUUGGCCCACUGUGUGUGUCUCCUUUCUCCUCCUCCUCCUCCUCUUCCUUUGUUGAUCUUCUUUUUCUGUACAAUAGAAACCUGUAUUGGUUUUGUUCUUUCCCCCACCUUUUAGGUACUGAACCUCUUUCUGGCCUUGCUUCUGAGCUCCUUUAGUUCAGAUAACCUCGCUGCUACUGAUGACGAUAACGAAAUAAACAAUCUUCAGAUUGCUGUGGCAAGAAUUCAAAAGGGAGUAGAUUAUGUAAAGAAAAAAUUACGAGAGGUUGUCGAAAAAGGCGUUGUCAGGAGGCAGAAAGCUGUGGAGGAUAUCAAAGCGCUCGAAGAACUAAGCAACAAGAAAGACAACUACAUUUCCAACCAUAUGAUGGUUGAAAUAACUAGAGACGUUAAUUACCUGAGAGAUGGGAAUGGAACCACAAGUGGUGUGGGCACAGGCAGCAGUGUGGAAAAAUACAUUAUUGAUGAAAAUGAUUAUAUGUCAUUCAUAAAUAAUCCAGGCCUUACUGUGACUGUACCAAUGGCAGUUGGAGAGUCGGAUUUUGAAAAUAUAAAUACAGAGGAAUUUAGCAGCGAAUCUGAAAUUGAAGAAGGCAAAGAGGUAGGAUUUUAUACACACACACACACACACACACACACACAUAUAUACACAAGCACAUGUGAAAUGAAGCUGAAAACUAAUGAAAAAUACAAUUUUGAAUGUAUUUUAUUGACAUUGUCGUAUUUAUGUCUCUGCACAUGUAGCAGUGCUGCAAGAUUAGGCAGUUCUUACUUCAUAGCAACCUUCUUACUGCUUAUUAGUUCCUUUCUUAUUGUAAGCGUGUGUUUGGUUUACAAUGGUGACAUUUCUCCCAUGGUGUGAAAUUUUGAAUGUGUGGGGGUCAUGGUGCAUGAGGAGGUGACUGUUAAUUUCCCUUAUCAGCUAUGAGCCCACCCUGAAAAUUCCCUCACAGAUAAUUUAAAAAUACACCUACUAGGGCCAAUAGGAGGUGAUUCCCCCCAAGCCUUACAGGGGAAAGGGCAAGGAGAGGGGGAUGGGGGCUGAAUGGGGAGACCCUACAGGUUGAAUCAGACCUAUGGACUAACUUACUCCUGAUGGGCUUACUCCUGGUGUCAACAGUGCUGAGCUAGAUGGAGCUAUAGCCAGUAUAAGACAGCUUCCUAUGUCCCCAUGUUCUCUUGCACAUGAGAGUCUUGCAACUCACCUUUCAUGCUCUGCUAUGCAGUAGCAACAGAACAUCAGGUUGAAUGGUAGAAGAGCUCGCCUCAUCAGAGAAGGUGAAAGCUCAGGGAAGGUGUCUGUAAGGGUGUAGAGGAGUUGGAGUCAAUAAUGCCCCCUUGCCACACACCUCAAGUUCCUUAGAGCAUUCCCCCUGGAAGCUGGUAUUUAAAAAGCUGAACAAAAGUGGGGUGUGGGGGGGGGAGAGAGAGACUGUUAACUUAGAUGUAAAAAAACAGCUCUGCCCUGCUUUCCUCACAUCCGUGCUAAUGGGAAACGACUGUUCAGACUAUCACUGAAGCCUAAAAGAAAAUGUAAAGUGGUUUUGAGGAAAACCGCACUAGGCAGAGGCCUACGGGAAUGGGCUGGCCAGGAUCCAAACCCUUCAUGUGCAAACAGAAAGUGUGUCUCAUCCACACAUAGGAAUACGUGUGUGAGAGAGAGAUAAUUUGAGUAGCAGCCCUUCGCACCUCAUGGAGUGCUGUUCUGGGGGACCUUAAGCUUGGAGGAGUUUCAAGGUGCUUCCCAUGAAGGAACAGAGAACUACAUCUAAGUACUUGGGAUUGCAGCUGUGCUGAAUAAUCCUUGAAGCACUUUACUUGAUAGAUUGCUACCGAAACAUCAAGUAUUCAAGUUCUUGAGUAUUAUUUAGUCACCUAUAUGAGUACUCCAGAAAAGAUGCAAACAAAACUUUUUAUGGAAGGGAAUAAAAUGACACAAAUUCAGGAAAAAUGAAAUCUGGACAUCUAUUUAGGUUCUGUGGUGAUCUUGCCUUGGAAAUGUAUGGUUUUCAUUGGGAAAAGCUUUAAAGUAUGGCAUUUCCUAUUUUAGACAGAAGUAUCUCUUUUCGUCCCAAUCUCUUGCUUCCAUAGACUUGAUUCUUCUUAUAUGCAGGAUUUGUAGUUUUUACUACUGACUGAUUAAAUACUUGGUUUGGCGACGUGCACAAUUAUUGACAAGUAUUUAUUAGAGCUGGCUGUAUUCAGUGGGUCAUCUUGACAUCAAAAAAUUUAUUUGAUUCCAGCAUGAGUCAGAAUGGCCAAAGAAAUGAUCUGCUAACAUUAUUACAAACUGCUAUCUAAUGUGACAAUAAUCUCAGUGAGUGGCAUUGAUGAAUAGAAAACAUAAAUGAAGCCUAGCCAAAUGAAGAAUACAUCCUACUUUAUAGAGGGCAGCCCUCUAUUUGAAAUGUUGUCAGAGGACACUCCUCUGUUUCAAGGCAACCUCUGUUUGAAUGCCUAUCUGGUCCAAGUCUCAUUUUAAAAUAUUAAGGCAUUGGUUUGCAUCAAAUUUGCAAAUAAUGUAAGUAAAAAUCCAACAAAAUCUCACCAAAAUGGGGAAUUCCUUUGGCCAGUUGUGCAAAUAGCUAUUAAAUGUUGCUAAACCUUUCACCAGCAAUUCUUUAUGGUGUGUUCUGGAAGCACUGGACAUUUUUUAAAAAUAAGAUUAUCUUUUAAAGUUUCAAAGCCAAAAUGGUUUUUGUGCAUUUGUAUGCUGUAUAAUUUACUCUUACAGCUCUCUCUCUCUUUUACCUGUACUCAAUAAUUUCUUGUAGUGGUUUUUUAACCAGUUAUGUAACAUUUAUAAGAAGUGCACCACCAAUUCCUUCCUCUAGACUAUUCUCUCCAUCAUUCCUUUUCUUGUCAUUAGAUCUUUGGUCUUCUGGUCUUGAAGUACUAUAGUUAAAUGAAUACAUUGACUGGUUGAGAGCUGGGUUCACUUUCUUACCCAGUGACACUUCACCUGUUAUUAGUAGUUUUGAUUUUGAUUUUUUGAAAGGAUAUUUGUUUCCUAAUACCUGGCUGAGAAUAUAUUCUGUGCAGCUUGUUUUAUUUAUUUUCAAAAUUUGCAAUUUUAUUUAUCUUAAAUUGGAGCGUAACUGUGUCCCAAACUAAUGGAAGUGUUUCUCCUUAAUAGAAGCAAUGUUGCUUUCUUCUUCUUUUCAGCUGUGUGGCUCAAAACCUUGAGGGUUGUGCAGGAGCAUAACUUGCAAGAUUCAUACAAUAGAAAGAGACACAUUUAGUUUCACACAUUCAUUCCUCAGGCCCCUCCCCUGGAAUUUUCAUAAUUAAGGUCAAGGGGAAGCCUGUCGAAUUGAGAAGCUCCAGGACAUCUUUGCAGAAAAGAUCUGAAACAACAGCCCUUCCCUCAAAAAAGGAACAGCAGAGGUCUCAGUUACUGAGGAAAACAAACUUCUUGCCAUUUCUAUCUUUUUUCUGUCUUUGGUUCAUCAGAUCCUUCUGCAAGCUAUUGAUUACAGUGUAAAAUGCAGAAUGGUUAAGAAACCAGAAAGGAGAAUAGAAUAAGCCUUUUCUCUUUAUGCUAAAUAAUACAUUAAUUUAGGCUGUAGUCCAAGAGACCACUGAUGAUGGACAGACCAUUUUUUAACAAGUGACACUUAAUAUAUUUCUGGAUUAAAAUAGGAAUCCUGACAAAGGGGAGAUCACAUUGCAGAAGAAGGAGCUUUGCCAGAUCAAAAUGUUCCAGAACAGGGGCAUCGUGGUUCUUGUUUUAACAAAGUAAUAGAAAUCUAGGAUGUCUCCCACUCCCCCCCAAAAACAAGUUGCCUGUCACAUUAGAAUGAAGAACUUCACUUAAAUAGUUGUGCUCCUGUGCGUGCUUAUUUGCAGUAAAUUCCAAUUUAACUCAGAGAGACUUGCUUCUGAACGCUCAUGUGUAUAUUGAGCUUUAAGCUCACAAAGGGCUGGCUCCAGUCAACUUUGGAGAGGAGCUCUCAAACUCAGUCUCCUAACACCAGCACUUUUCCUUGCCAUAGCUGGCUCGCCUGGGGAGGAAGAGUGAAUUUAAGUGGGGGGAAAGAAGGCCCAGUGUCCAUAGUUGGCUCAGUGGUCCGGUUCUCCUGGCUGAUCCCUACAACGCCAGCUGCUGAUUGUGGAUCCAGACUCAUGCUUCAGAAGGAAGAAGGGAGGGGUACAUAAUCCCAGGAUCCUCUCCUGAUCUCUUAACCAUAGUUUAACAACUGUAGGUGAUACAUCACCAGCACAUGAAACAAAACAAAGUAGCUGUGACUGCUAAUCCUUCUUCAUAGUGAUCCCUGUUACUCUGAUUAUGCACACAUAGACCAUGUGGGGAAUCUGUGGCCUUCCACUUGUUGUUAGACUACAACUCCCACCAUUCUUGACCAUUGGCCAUGCUGGGUGGUGAUGAUGGGAGUUAGAUCAUGACAAUAUCUAGAAGGCUGCAGAUUCACUGGCCCUGAUGUAGAAGAUUCUUAAGGAUGUAAACUGAAUUCUGCAACCAGCCAGUUAUCUGUAUAUACCUUUUCUUGCAAGUUUGAUAAUGAUAUCUUUAGCUCUCUUUCUCUCUUCCCCCCCCCCUUCCUGAAAAUGUACUAAAGCCAUGUCUGAAUGCUAGCCUCCAAAGAGCAAAAGACUGGAGGUACUAUGUCAUGAACUUCAUUGCCUGCCAUUCUUACUUCUCACAGGGGUAAAACCAAGCAGGAGCAAUCAAGAAGGCAGCUCUGGUCCUUUUUAACCAGGUAGAUUCAACGUACCGCCACUCUUGCACAGGUUACCUAAGCAAGUUAUACAUACAUAAUCACACUUUUCUGGUGAAUAUUGACUGGCCUGCAUGCUACCGAGCUAUGUUUCCUUCCCUGCCCAUUGCAAGAUGGUCUAGACAUGCACAGCUGCUCUCUGCUGAGUCCUGUGACUCACACAUCACAGCAUGGUCAGGCAAGAUUGGCAACCCCAACAUACAUUUUGAUUCUGCUAAUGACUUUUCUAGAUGUAUUUGAUUAUCAAGUCCUUUCAAUAGCUACUGCAUGACCUAUAGGUUUUGUAAGAUGGAUCAUGAACUGACAAGAAUGUUGAACUCUCCAAAGGCCAAGGGGGAAAAAGGGAGCAUGCAUAGUUUUUAAAAACAAUAAAAACAACCCUUUUUGAUUCAGCCCUUAUAAAUGUGGCACAUAUUUAAUAGUCUUCUUCCGAAGGGGACGGCGACGCGUUAAAUGAAUAUAAUUUCCGAUUUUAAUUGCUUCUUGGGUUUCUCUGUUCUAUCUAUCUAUCUAUAUACAUACACAUCUUUCUUGAACUGUUCUUUCAAGGUGUUGUCAUGCACGGUUCUCUAAACCUAAUACAAUUCCUCUAGAAUUUGUUUGAGGAUUUUCAUAUAUAUAUUAUGAUUCGGUUCAGACUAUAGGAAAAAAAGUAGUCAUGGGCAGAGCAAUUGUAUGAGGGAGAGAGAAUCUAUGGUUGGAAGAACAGCCAAAGCACUCUCAAUCUAGCACCAAGCAAGGCAGUAGGUGGAGAGGUUGGAGAGGAAAUAAAUAUGCCAGCUCCCAGGCUGACAUAUUUCCCUUCCAUGUCAGAGGUGGGAUUGGGAUCUGCCCUGAUCCACCCAUUUUCUCUCCCUGUUUGUGCUGGAGCAUUAAUAGCAGAAGGGGGAUGGUUGUGGAGGUUUCCAUGGACACCACAAGGAAGGUUCCAGGGCAAACCUGCUUCCUCUCUGCCAUUGGAGAGGGACAUCUUCUGUAUCCUAUGGUUGCUGGGAUACCUCCUGGGGAUUACUGGAUUGUACCCUCAUUGUUGUUUCUUUUUAAAAAUAUAUAUAAAAAAUAUCUUUAUCAAACAAUGCAUUUAAAACAAAGAAACAAACCAAAAGGGGUACAUGUUUUCUGAUCAAUUAUUUGAUUUUGAUAUUGGAUAUUAAUAGUGGUAAAACAGAAUAAAUGCCAAAUUCAAACCAAUAAUUCAUAUUUGUUCUUCAGAAAAUGCUCUAUAGUCAAUCUUAUGCUUUUAAAAUUCCCAGAACAUUUGCUUUAAUUUUUUUUAAGCAAACAUUUAUCCAAAAAAGUGAUACUUCUGCAGUCAGAGUGAUGCUUGCUGUUCCACUUCAGAAGGUUUCAGUGGCAGCUGCCAGGCAAGCAGCAAGUGCAGAGAUGGUUGGCUGCAUCCUUGCCUUUAACAAUAAGAUGUUAAAAGCUGUGGUAAUAAUGAAAUCACAAGAUGUUAUAAUAUUGCGGAGUUUGUACUAGCCACUGAGCUUUCACACUUAUUCACAAAUGAGUUAGAACUCUAAAAACAACUUGAUUUGUUCAGGUUUUAAUCUUCUCUGAUCCUCAAAAGUAGGUAAUAGCCAAUUAAAAAAAAUAAUUAAAGUCAAAAUAAAGUGACUAAUUCUGCUAUUGACAUAUUGCUGUUCACUAACAGACAGGUCAAAUAAAAGCAAAAAAAGUAUUUGAUGAGACUCCUGGGCUAGGCGGCGGUACCACACAGAAUGCCUUUCUGAGUGGUUUGCUGUCCAAAACAGACUACAUCUGCUGCAGGGAUCUGCAUCCCCAUAUCAACAUUCCCCAUUACCUGGCCAUAUCUUUUACUGUGGGAGUGAAUUCCCUCCUGCCCAGAGGUAGAGAAACGCAUUACAUAAUGGUCCAGUUCAUGCAAUGCGUUCUCCUAGACCAGGGAUGUCCAACUUCCAAGAGACUGCGAUCUACUCCCACUAUAAUAACACUGGCAGUGCUCUACCCUUUGGAUUAACCAAAGUUGUUGAGCUUUCUUGGGGGAGACCCAUUUUUUUGCAAAUUGAUUUACUCUCCGUUUUUGGUUAUACGAAUCCUACCUUUUGGCAAUGCAAUAACUGGCCAUCCUGAUCAGUGCGCUAUUGGUAAACUUAAGAAAGACAUUAAGAAAUCAUUUUAAGCAAAUUGUUGAGGACUGCUUUCUUGGAGUAUAAAACACAAAUAUUGUCAGGCUGCAGUUCAGGAAGAGGCUUUUGGUUGAAGGGGUGAGAAACAUUUAAUUUGUUGUCUUACUCUCUAUGCAACUAAAACCUUUUUUAAAAAAAAAUCAGAAAUGUGACUGAAUUGUAAAAGAAAAUGAGAAUUAUUUAUCUGAGAGUUUGUCAAGUCUCAGGGCAAUGCUCAAACCAUAUCUCAAGCUGACUUAUCCCUGAUAAUUUAUAAUGGCUGAAUCCCUUUGUUUAUUUUACUGUCACCUGAAUCAUGAAAUGGUUUGUAAAGCUUUUAACAUUUGUAUAACGGCCUGCUCCUGCUCCCAUUGAAACAGUGUCCAGCGAAAAGCAAAUGAGAGCAAGACCGGGCUUUAAGUGAAUGCUUUAACAAUGGAAAUGAGCCCCAUUAACAUGCUGUUGGGCAAAGCUUGUGUUGAUUAUUCUUUUGUGUGUGGGCAAAAAAACCAAGAGCUGUGCUCAAAUCCAAAAGAGGCUGCUAAAGUGGUUGUCCUAUUGCUACCUACUCCUAUUUAGAUGAUAACUGCUGCGUACUAUCCAAUGUUUUAUGAUUCCAAUUAUUUUUUUUCCAUAUCAUCUUUUUUUUUUAAAAAAAGAAGAAGGUGGGUUUCUGCUUUUCUUGGUGCAGUUUCACUAGUAUUGCACAGGCUUCUGCUCUAGUCAAGCAUGUUGUUUUGCUGAUUCAGGCCUUGGGAAUGCUGCAUCAUCAACAAAUGCUUUCCAAUGUGUUCCUUGCGGGUAAUAUGAUGUUCCCUCCCUAGUGGUGUACAGCGGUGACCUUUGAGAGGUCUCUAAUGGAAAACGGGCUGGUAACAUCUUGUCAAAGGGUUCGGUUUUAAAAAAACGCAAAAGUAAUUGUGUAAGUCAGGGAUGGGGAAGCUGUGCCAUAGCAAAUGCUGCCGGACCAAAUCUCCCAACGCACCUGACGAUCCGACAUGCUGGCUGGAGCUUCUGGCGGUUGGGAGUCCAACAACUUCUAGAAAGCCACAGGAUUCCCAUCCCGGGUAUAAGUUAUAUGAGGAUGUUUUUCCUAGUUUGCUUGUUUGAAUAAGAAUGCUCAUCAGAGGAGAGAUACCUGUUGUUCUUUUAAAUUUAAAUUACGGUAUCAGGAUUUUAAUUCUUUUAAAUGUAGCAUGAAUUGUAUAAUUGGCUAGAAUUAUUAGAGUUGUUUAAACUUGGGUCUGAUUCUGUUGUUUAAGGAUGCGCUAUAGCCAGUUUAAAAAAAAAUGCUCACCUUGACCUGGUUCAUAGAUAACAAAGAAUCAUUAUUCCCCACUUUACAGAUGAGUCGUGGCAUGCCUCAGGCUUGUGAACUUCCCAUUUGACAAUUCUCACCUUUCUUACAGGGAAUUUUCAGUGUUGAACUAACCACAGUUCCCUGUGACAUCCAAGUUCAGGGAACCAUAGUUUGUUCCAUCUGUGUUUUCAGAACAACACAGAAACUGAAAUCAAGGUUUGUUCUCACCACACUUUUAAUGUAUGCCAUGGAGAGCUGUGGUUUGUUUAAAACUAGAAGCGAAGGCAUCUGAUCUUUCGGUGCAAAGGAGCAGGAGAAGGGAGUGGGGAGUGCAUGAGCCCAAGAUUCACCAUAGCUCAUUCACGAAGCAGUAAACCAUGGUAUCCUGUUACAUCUAAACCAGGCUAUUCAGUUUGGGUGGUUGCAGAUUUUGCAUUAAGUUAUGGUUUCAAUUUAAAUUGUGUAAUAUCAGAUGAAUAAUACAUGGAUUGGUUUAAUAUAGCUGUUCAAGUUGGGAGGCAUUUUGCUUUCAAUAUACCCAACUAAAUGAAACGCAAAUCCUCCUCGCUGUGUGCUGAAGAAAUCUUCACUGUGAUCACUUGCAAAUUUUUCUCUGAGCUAGCCUUUAAAAUUGCAUUGGCAGGAAGGAAUGAGCCUUUAAAAAUGUGUAUCAAUUAAGAAAUGUGACUUAAUACAAAAGGAGCUCUUAAAACUUCCUUUCUUGCUUAAAGUAGGAUCAGUAUGCUUACAGUCAAGGUAUGUUUUGUUUUAUCUGUUAGGAAAUAAUAUCUGCUGUUCCUGCUAUGUUUGACUAUUAAGUCCUAUCCAACUGGGGAAGGAGAGGUAGGAAGCACAUGCAGCUGGGGGAUGAUCAUAUUGAAUUUAAAAAGGGAAUAAAGUAAAGUACAUUCACAUAUUUUACAAACGACACGUUGUAAAGAUGGUGUUGCUGUAAUGCCAACUGAGAAAUCAGUUUAUGGGAUAUACAAAUAUAUAUUGUUAAGCAUAUAUGCCAUUGCAAAUUUAAAACAAUGGCGUUUGAGUUUGAUUGCAGACAUAAACACGAUUCUGCAAUGGACAGUUGUGAAAACCCAAAUGCCAGUUUCUUCAUCCCCCAGUUAAAGUAAGUAGCUGGAAACGUGCUAAUACAGAAGUAACCAAACACUGAAGUUUACUUUCUGACAAACAUAUUGUUACUCACAUUACUUCAGACUUUAUACUAAAUGAGUUGGCCAUAUGCAGUUCUGCUCACCCCUCCCCAUUUGUGUAAUGUCUGAAUAGGACUGCAGCCUAAACAUUCAAACCCAGAGACUGAAUGGGUUAUUUACUUGUAUAAAGGCAUGGUUGAUUUUACUACUUAUCGGUAAUCUAUCAUCUUGGUUCUCAUAUUUAGUCUCAUAUUUUAAACUUAAUUUGUUUCAGCAAGCUAACUACUGGAGAAUUCUUCCUGGUUUUUUAAUUUGCCUAACAGCAAAAUGCAUCCAGAUUAAUUCAAAAAUGUCAUGCUCAAAUUCUCAAGUGAUGUAAUUCUGUAAAAGCUCAGUUUUAGUCAGCUUCUUCACAGCACAAAAUCAGUAAAAUUACAUAUUCUUCACCACCACUUAAGGAAUUGCACCAUCAGGGCCAAGUUAGACAUGAUGCCAUUCAUGUAAUUAGCAAUUACAAAGAGGGCAUGAAUAAUUACUUUAUGUAGCCACAUAGGUUUCCAGCUCAAAGAAUUCCUUUUUGUAUUUUAAUAUGAUACAGAAAUAUAUAUGCAUAAUCCUCCCUUUGACAUGUCAGUACUAUUGCCAAACAAAUUGCUUUAACAAACUUAGAUCAACCUUUGUUUAAUUUGCUAAGAAUAUAGGUCAGGAUUUCUAGUGUUAGUGCAAACUGUGUAACAUUGAACAGUUUGAUAUUAUUGGUAAUUGUUUUUGCUUUUUACAUAAUAUUUCAUAAUGUUUUAAAGGGUGUCAGUAUAACAAUUAUUUAAAGUUGAAGAGUGAAUUUCUAAUGAAACUAUUUCAGAACAUGCUAAUGUUAACAUUGAAAAAGCUGUUCCAAAUAUAACACAUGAGGAUGCAUAAAUAUAGGACAAAUUCACAAGUUGUCCAUCAGAUGCUGAUCUAGUGAAAGAUGUUCCUUUGCCAGGAUAGCAUAACCAUACAGUUGCCAAUUUUGAACUGAAUGCCUCUGAGCAUGCACAGAGAGUCCCCUCUCCCAAAAGGGGGAAACAACAGAAUGGGAAUUUAUAAACAACUGCCUGGAACAACUUUCCUGUUGGACACAAUAUAAAUAAGCAAGCAAGGGACCAACUGAUCAAACCCCCACUGGCAGAUUGCUGGGAAAAUCUGAAGCCUCCCAUAUUAAAUAGCAGGUCUAAUGAUAUUACACUGGCCGUGGCAAAGUUUCUUUCAGAAGUAAAAAGAAACAAAGAUAAUCAAGUUAGAGACAAAACAAAAUGACUGCUUCGGUUUCUCUCUCUUUCGUGGUUGGCUGUCUUGGCUGUAUUUUGUUCUGAAAUUGUUCUAUGGGUCUUUGGACCGUGAUAAAGAUUCAUUAUAAUAUAAAUAAUGUGCUAAACUCGCUGCCACUGCACUGCAAAACUUGCCAAGUGCCCGUCUACUUACAGAGUUUAUAUGGGCAAAGUCUCUUGAGCAUGUGCAGUAUAAUUUUCUGUCUGAAGUUGUAAAAUGUAAUUUGGUAUUUUAUACAUUUUGGUUCAGUCUGGCUGCCUAGAACAGUGGUGCCUCCAAUGGGUGCUUCAUUCAGUGAGAGACAGCAUGUCACAAAACGCCAGGCAGACACUCAAUAGUGGGGGAAAGCUUUCCUCAUGCUUGACGGCUGGUUGGCUGCCUUACCUGUUUAGUGGUGGCCAGGAACCUUGUGUUCAUCCUUAAACGGUGCUGUUUCUGGGCAGAUGGCAAUGUGGCAGUGUAGGGCACCCGGAUCUACAUUAAAAUGCAAAUUCCCCCCACACAUAGAUGCAUAUAAUAUCCAUAUGUUGUGGUAACUCACACCAGCACACUGACAUAACUCAGCUAGAUUUUUGUGUGGCUGCAUGAAAACAAGCAACCAUGAAAAUCCAAUUCUGGCUGGGUUUCCAAAAUUAUUAUGGCAGAGUAGCAGCCUAUUUUAAUAAUAGCUGGAUAAUAAUAAUAAUAAUAAUAAUAAUAAUAAUAAUAUAUGGAGUCCUACAGUAAAUAGCAGGGUUAUUUUAACAUUAAUUUGCUAGUUUACUCUUCUUCUGAAGUUAGUAAAGAAACUUUGGACAACAGGCUAUUUUCUAUCAUUUCUCUCUUUAGUGGUCCAGUUUUUCUUGAGUGAGUGGGUGAGGAAUUAACAACAAACACACCUAAAUUUAAUAUAAUACAAUGAAGGAGUUUGCAAAUAGUUAUCCAGCCCCAUUUAUUUCGGAAUUCCUAUACACCGUUGCUUUUCUACAACAUAAGGAAAUACUCAGGCUUAUUAUGAGAAAGGGGAAACACAGUUUGACUAGCAUGCUUUUAUUUGCAUUAAAAACAAAACAAGCAAACUUAGGCUGCAAUCCUAUACCCAAGUUACCGAGAAAGGAGUAAACCCAUUGAACUCAAUGGGGCUUCCUUCCGAGUUGACAUAGAUAAGAAUUUGUGGUUCCAUCUGCUAUGCACUGCCAAUAUAAAUUUGGAAGAGCGCUGUCAUACUUCACUAUCUCCUUUUGAGUACGGCAUAAAGUUGCAGGGGGCAAAAAACCUUUUUUUCUGUGGGAUUUUAUUUUCAGAAGUUAAAUGCAACCAGCUCUUCAGAAGGCAGCACAGUUGAUAUUGCCCCGCCUGGAGAGGGUGAACAGGCAGAGAUUGAACCUGAAGAGGCUCUUGAACCUGAAGCCUGUUUUACAGAAGGUAACAGGGAAACAAAAUAAACAAGUUGUGUUUGACAAAUUAACUGUGGACUGCAGUUUUGCUGUGGCACAGCUUGCCACCAUUGCCAAGAUUCUUUCUCUGCUUCCAGCAGCUGGCAGGAUACAAGGUGGGAUUUUGAAUUUAACCCACCUGUGAAAUUGACCGAUCACGGGUUGGCUCAGGAGGCUGCUGACAUAGUGGGGGCAGAGAUGGCCAUAGACUCUGCGGGGUCUUCAUUCAGGUCCGCUUCCCAGGCAUAAAUGUAGGGCCACCUUCUUGCCUUUCAUUGCAGUUGGAUUUCAGAUCUCCUUCCCCGCCCCCCUCCCUUUAUUCAGAGUAUUUUCAUCAUACAGUCUUUGCUUGGUUCCUUGCUAUAGAAGUUUUUGGUCGGCAUAUUUCAGGCCAGGAAGGAAUUUUGCCUCCAGACAAAUUUGCUGGUCUUUGGGUGGGGGUGGGGGGUUGCUUGCCUCAUAGCAACUGUCACAACUUGGGUGGAUAAGGCAUUGGUCUAAACUCCCUAGUCUUGAACGGUGGGGAGGGGUUGAACAUAUUUGCACACCCCCCCCAAAAAAACCCCUGGGUAUCCCUAUAAAGGGAUCCUAAGGAGAGUGUUACUGUCAGCACACAUCAGUACUUCUGGAUGUGGCUAAUGGAUUUUGGAUGUGCUAGGGCUGCCAUACAUCUGGAUUUUCCUGGACAUUACCAGGAUUUCAAAGGGUCUUAGACAAGUCAAUUGAACAAUUGAAAAAUGGCAACCCUAGGAUGUCCCUUUUAACAUUAAGCCAUAACAGCAACUAUCCUCCUUCCUCACAAGGAAGGAUAAAAUGGGUGAACUCCAUAUAUACAGUCCUCGACUCUGUGGAGGAAAGACUGAUUUCUUUAAAAUUCUGAAAUAAAGAUAACCAUAAACAUUUAUUCCAAAAUUUAACAAUUUAAUAUCCUUGUAAACAGGCUGCAUCAAGAAGUUCCCAUGUUGUCAAGUGAGUAUAGAAGAUGGCCGAGGAAAAAUCUGGUGGAAUUUUAGGAAAACCUGCUACAGCAUAGUUGAACACAACUGGUUUGAGACGUUCAUUGUUUUUAUGAUUCUCCUCAGCAGUGGUGCUCUGGUGAGCAAAAAUAAAAAAUAAACACCUGCUAUUUUCUCAGAUUUUUCAAUGGGCAUUAUAGAAUGUAUGGUGGCUAGUACAGUUACUUUCAGGUUUGGAAAUGUUUGAUAAAUAAUCAUGAUUCACAUAUAUUGUAGGAUAGGUGCUUAAAAAAAAACAAGAAUUCCCGCUCUCUUGCUAAUUGUUUGGUAAUAUGUUAGCAGUAGAACACGAAGCAGAAAUGAAAUUUUAGACCUGUGUUUUAAAAAAUAAGGUUUAUCUCUGUGAACGAUAAAGCAAUGAUUCCACCCUCCUCCCUGCCCUAGGCCUUUGAAGACAUAUAUAUUGAACAGCGCAAGACUAUCAAGACCAUGCUGGAGUAUGCUGACAAGGUCUUCACGUACAUCUUCAUUCUGGAAAUGCUUCUGAAGUGGGUGGCCUAUGGCUUUCAAAUGUAUUUCACCAAUGCCUGGUGCUGGCUGGAUUUCCUCAUUGUUGAUGUAAGUACUUGA